AUGCUGAGGUCUGUCAAAAAAACAUUACCUAGAAAUGAACAAGCAGAUGAGACAACCUACUUAGCAAAUUUAGCAGUACAGAGAAAUGCCAGUGCCUUCUUUGACAAAUUUGACCGAAGUGAGUUACAGGAAUUACUUACCACUACCUCUUGUAGCUGGCUGGCUUCUAAAGAUGACCUACGCCAGCCAUUAGAACUUCCCAGUGGACUUAUGGGUCAGCUAAAAAACAUAAGUUUCCCGACUGCAAUUUUCCUAGCACCAGUGGUGCCAGAUGUACCUUUGGACUGUAAAGAAGUUCAUCAGAUUGUGAGAGAAUUGGCUGUAGGAAUUUACUGUUUAAACCAAAUUCCUUCCAUCAGCUUAGAUUCCAAUUACGAUCACAGCACAUCUUGUCAGCUUCCUCCAGCUUACAUUGACACCAGAAUUGGACAAAUCUUGAUCAGUGUUGACUACAUGUUAAAAGCACUGUGGCAUGGUGCGUAUAUGCCCAAAGAGAAACGUGUUAGGUUCUCUGAAUUGUGGCGCUCCAGUAUGGAUAUUGAUAUGGAUGGGAAUCCACAAACAGAAAAAAAUAUUUUUUCAGAGUUUUGUUCAGCAGGUCUAGUUGAUCUUUCCAAUGAACCAGAUUUUGAGGGAAUCUAUGAUGAAAACAUGAAUGAAGAUCCAACUUAUGACCCUAACAGUGCACAAGAAAAAAAUCUCUUUAUGCAGUAUGCAGACAAUAUACUACUUAAGUUGACAUUUGGUACUAUACAAGUUCAGCAGCAUGAAAAUGUUUGUAAAUUUGAUGCAGCAUAUGGGCUUUCUAAUGUGAUAAAAUUGACUGAGGAUCACCUUGACACAGUAACAUACCAAAGGGUGCAGCAGAGGCUAAUUCUUCAGGAAAAACUUGUGAAGAAGCACUUAGAGAAAAAAGCAGAAAUCCGUAAGAAUAUUGAAUAUCUAAAAAUAAUGAGCUUUCUGAUUCCAUUUUUACUUGGCUUAAAAAGAAAGAUGAAAAUUCCAAAUUUAAAUCAACUUCUUCAACCAUAUUCAGAUGAUAAAGUUAAGACUGAACGAGAAUUGCCUCCAUUUGUGUUUGGGCCAGAUUUUAAAUGCCAACAUUUUCAUUACAUAAAGAAUGAGUAUUUUCAUGUCCAUGGAGGAAUUGAAUUUGAUGUUGGUACACCUUCUCUUGAGGAUGUUUCAGAAAAGAUAAAGGCCGUCUUUGAUGACAUACAGAUUUGUGCAUCAAACCAUGUAGCCCAGUUGUUAGACCCGGAUAUACCAUACAGAGAACAUUACUCCAUACCAAUCAUGGAAUUUGAUGGAAAGAGCUACUAUGUGAUCUCCAUUGAAUUGGAAACUUUUUAUCAGCAGCUAUAUAAAACCCCAUGGUGGGGAGCCAUAAAUGAAAUAAUAAGCACUCUCAAGCCUAAAAGGCUUCCAUUAACUGAUAUCCAGUCACUGGAGCAAUUCAAGAAAAGAUUUGGUUAUAAGAAAGCUAUUAAAUGCAAGAGUUUACCUUAUGGUAUGAAGUCUGCUGCUGAGAGAGGACUAUCUGCUAUCUUCUAUACUUUUUGUCGUAAAACAUCUACUUCCAGUCUCAGUGUUGUAGAUGAAUAUGGUUAUGCUCUUCUCCAUCAUGCUUCCAUACACAACCGUGUGCCAAUUAUCUGUCAGCUGAUUAAAUCUCAUUUGAAUAUCAAUCAGAGGCGCAAUGUUCACUUUAACCAGGGAAGACGUUCACAGAAGAGUGAGACUAAGGGGGACAGAGCUGGAAAACCAAAUUUGCAAGAAAAGGAGACCUCUGGGGAAAGAACUGCUUUAGGCCCUACUGCUUUACACCUGGCAGCUCAGUGUGGAUCCAUUGAAGCACUUACUUGUCUUCUGGCCCUUAAGGCAGAUUAUAAAUUAACGGAUGAUCGAGGAUGGAUGGCUAUACAUUUUGCUGCAUUCUAUGACAACAUUUCCUGUAUCACGGUUCUCUAUAGAAAAGACCCAGAUCUACUAGAGGCUGAAACAACAGCUGAAUAUCAUUCUACUCCACUAUUGCUUGCAGCCACAUCUGGAGCAUUAGACACUCUUCAAUAUUUGUUUUCUCUUGGUGCCAACUGGAAGAAAACUGACAGUGAAGGAAACAAUAUAAUUCAUUUAGCAGUGCUGUACUUUCACACAGAAAUUCUCAAACAUCUAAUACAGCUAGAUAAUCCAGAUCUUCCAGUUUGGAAUACUCUUGUAGAGAUGUUACAGUGUGAAGACUCUACGAGGCCAGAAAUGGCAGUUAGAUCCUUGGAAGUUCUCUGUUUAGCAAAAGAUUUCUACUGGAAAUGCAUUUUGGAUUCAGGUGCUAUCCCCUCUCUAAUCAAUCUGUUGAAAGGCCAUCAGAUCAAGCUGGCAUGUAUAACAUCAGGGGUGUUGAGUAAUAUUUCACCACACAUCACCAUUUCUAAAGCUUUAGUAGAAGCAGGAGGCAUUUCAGUAUUAAUUGAAUUGUUGGGUUCUGGUGAACCUGAACUGCAAUCUCGCUGUGCUGUUAUCCUAUACGAUAUUGCCCAGUUCGACAAUAAUCAAAAUAUCAUUACUGAGCUGGGUGGAAUCCCUCCUUUGAUAAAUCUUUUGAAAAUUAAAUUACAGGAUUUGUUAGUUAAUGUAAUAAAUUGCAUCCGGGUGUUAUGCAUCCAGAACAAACAGAAUCAAAGCACAGUGAAGGAACAUCAGGGUAUUCCAGCACUUGUUCAGUUUCUAACUUCACAAUCAGAUGUGCUACAGGCUGUAUCUUCAGCAGCUCUUGCAGAACUUGCUCGGGGGAAUGAGAAGAUACAGGAUGCCAUUGCAAAUGCAGAUGCAAUUGGUCCUCUGGUUGAACUUCUCCGUGGAAGGAAAAUCACUGUGCAGGUGAAAGGUGCUAUGGCUAUAGAAGCACUAUCGGAUAACAACACGCAUAUACAGAAACUGUUUCUGGAAAAAUCAGCAACAAAAUAUCUUUUAAAGCUCUUGAAGGCAUUUCACUUGACAGUUAAGGAACAAGGUGCUACAACUUUGUGGGCACUGGCAGGACAAACACUGAAGCAGCAAAAGCUUAUGGCAGAACAGAUUGGGUACAACUUUAUUAUUGAUAUGCUCCUGUCACCAUCUGAUAAAAUGCAGUAUGUUGGAGGUGAAGCAGUCAUAGCUCUUAGCAAAGAUAGUAAACUUCAUCAAAAUCAAAUAUGUGAAGGAAAUGGAAUUGGUCCUUUGGUUCGAUUGUUGAGAAGCACAAAGAUAGCAGAGGGCACGCUCCUGAGUGUCAUCCGAGCUCUGGGGACCAUUUGUAUUGGUGUGGCUCAUACAAACAAUCCAGUCAGCCAGGAAAACAUAGUGGACGAACAGGCCUUACCAAUACUGGUUCACCUGCUUAAAAAUCAUAAUUCUCUUCAGAUAAAGGUUGAAGUUGCAUAUUCCUUGGCUUGCAUUGUUUUAAGGAACAGUAAUUUACAGACUGUGUUACAAGAGGAGGAAGGUUUCGAUUAUAGUGAUGUUCUUGAACUUCUUAAUGCACCUGAUAAGGAUAUUUGUUUACGAGCUGGAUAUGCUUUAGCCCUUUUUGCAUACAACAAUCCUGUCCAACAGUUCCUGAUAUUGGAGACCGGCGCAAUUAUGAUGUCUACAUUUGAACCUUUUCUACGAUCAGAAAUUGAGACAGAUAAAGCAAUGGCUGCAUUUCAGAUUGUUGUUUUAGCCAGAGUCAUAGUGGAUGUGGACCAAGUUACUUUGUCUGCAAGAGGUGUUACUAUUUUAGUUGAACUACUAAAUUCUGAAAAGACAGCUACUCUUGUUCUAACAGGGAAGUUAUUGGCUAGCCUGGCUCAUACAAGAGCAGGUGUUCCAGAAGCAAUUACUGAACUAGGAACUAUCAAACGUCUUUGUUAUCAUUUGUACUCAGAUAAAGAAGAGAUGCUGUGGCUUUGGACAGAAUGAAGGAAGGAGUAUCUCCUGUGAGGAAUGGGAAAAUGAAUUCACCUUAGGCAAGAAUGAUUCUGGUAUUCUUCACACCAACUUUUUCACACCUGGAACACACAGUGAGAUUCCUAUGUGAAUAUAGCUACCAGUUCAAAAACUCAUCUAGCAGACGUGAUGGUGACCAUUAAACAGAUUUUGAUGGAUAGGUAGAAUAGAGAUAUUGAUGUCAAUGGCUCAAAAGGGUGUGGCUUAGGACUUUUAAUUCCUAUUGGAGGUUCCAUUUGGGAACAAAUGGUUUAACCACAAGUUUAGCCAGUCUGAUUGCUCUAAGAAAUCUGGAUUCUUGAGGGUUGUCUUAAGGAACCAGAGGAUCAUAAAAUAGGAGGCUACUUAUUGAUGACACCUGAUGUGGUAUGGAGCUGGGCUGAAUUCCAUUGUUUACUCCUUCCUGAAGAAAGUCCAGGAUAUCUGAGGUAUCAGGAUCCUUGGGAUUUUUAUUAUGUUCUUCACACCACGAGCUAAACGUAGUCCAGAUGGAGGAGCAGCCCUUUAGUGUUGAAUCUUGCCUGGAGGAGAAGAGUUCUAAUUGCUUUGGAAGAUCACUUGCACAGCUAAGGCUUCUAAUGGUAACCGUGCCUCAAAGGGUCACAAUUGAGGAUGCCAAAUUCAGGAUGAACUGGUGAGAAAUAGGGCAGAUACACCCCAAGACUGAUGGCUAAUCCCCCUUAGGAUAUACCAAACCAGCAACAAAAGUAAACUUCUGUUUCACCACACUGGCUAACAAGAAGUCAUAAAAGCAGUUUCCCCUGUCAUUUCAGUCCUUGUAUUACCACUGAAAACACUGGAUUGAAAGGUGAGUGGUUCUUUACAACCAGUCUCAUCAACUAAAAGGUUCUUCUGAUCCCAAAGGACCA